AUGGAAGAAGAAACAUACCGCUUUUUCGAUAAUACAAACAAGCCAAGAAGAAACGAACAAGUUCACCAACUUCUGUCGUUAGGGCGAAAAUGUUAUGCUUUCAGUAGAACAUCAAAAGAUGGAACACUUGUUUAUCAGUGUAGUGGAGACGGGUGUCACGUUUUAGUCAAAAUAGACAAUACAACAAAGAAGUCUACUGUAGAAGGAGUUCACACAUGUGCACUUGAUCACGAAAAGUUGUUUCGAGCAAGAUGUAGGAGGGAAAUAUUAACAAGAGAAUUGAAUUUGGAAAAAACGCAAAAUCCUAGAAUUCUCGUCAACAAAAUUAUUUUACAACCAGACUGCGAUCAAGCAUCUAAAAAGGAAAUUGAAGCAUGUACAAAAUUUGCUUCUAGACUACAAGAUCGACUUUUGGGUUCGGGAAAUGAAAUAUAUCAAAAUGCUAAAAUUUCUGAUUGUUUGAAACUUACAAUUGAACCGAAAUCUGAAGUGAACGAAAACAACAAUUUCCUUUAUUAUGAUUCAAUUGACGAAGACCCAAACAUGCCCCGUAUCAUUAUCUUUUCUUCUGCACAUCAACAGCACAUUGCUUUUCAUUCAAAAGAAAUUUUCGCAGAUGGAACAUACCGGAUUACUCCAAGUGAUGUUAAUUGUGUAUAUACUAUACAUUCACUUGUUGAAGAUCAUGUGUUUCCUGUUGUGUUUUUUCUUUUACCAAAUGAAAAAACAGAUACGUUUACAUUUGCAUUUUCAAAAAUUUCCACGUUUUUUCCUUCUCUUUUAGUUGCCCAUACCGAUUGUCAAAUUGCUGCAAUGUCUGCAUUUCGGUCGGUUUUCAAAUGCGAAAUCAAAAUUUGUUUGUUUCACCUCAAUCAGGCGGUGUACAGAAUGCUCGGCAAGGUUGGUUUAUCAACACAAUACCAAAUCAAUUCCGUUCUUCACACAUGGGUGCGACGAUUGUUUUCAAUACCAUUUUUACCACAAAGUGAAAUUAACAGUACAUUUGAAAAAUACUUUGAAGAAAUGUCAUUAUCUGAACAGUAUGGUGUACCAGAAAACAUCAAAACCAAAUUUCAAGAAUUGCUUAUUUAUUACAAGAGAUUUUGGUUGGAAAAAAUUGAUUGUUCGAACUGGUGUCAGUUUUGUGAACAAAACCGUACUAAUAAUUUCUCUGAAGGUUUUCAUAGUGGAGUUGGUUAUCUUAUUACUGUCGCGCAUCCAAAAUUGUUCGUUUUAAUCGACUUUUUAAGAAAAAUUGAAAACAAAACAAAAAAAGAAUGGGGGGAACUUAAUAUAGGAACUGUGUUUAAAAGAUAUAAAACCAACAUGAAAGAAUUGCAGUCAAACAUUAGUGUUGCCAUGGAAAACUAUAAUAAAGGAUUGUUUGAAAACCCGUUGAGAUAUUUGGAUGCGAUAUCAAUUCUGUACAUUAAGUACAAUCUCCAAAUCAAGUGCGCACGGGCAAACAAUUCAUUUAAUACGAUUACUCGUUCUAAGAAGAUGAAAUUGGAAAUUGAGGCAUUAAUUGAAGAACAAGAACAGUGUGUGUUUGAUGAAGAAGGUUCAGAACUACAUGAUUCGGUGUUGUACCAUUAA